AUAAUCUCCAUCACCAACGUCCAUUGAUGCUGUCUUUUUGAUCGCGCGGCGACCGAACCAAACCUCGGACACUCCUCGCGACACACACAAUGGCUUCGUCAAGCUGUUGGCGAUGUCUGCUUCGGCCGCAGACGUACGCCUCGAGGCCAUCAGCUUUUCUUCCGUCGACAGGCACGACCGCUUCUCCCUUUCUGUCGCGCGCCGUGACGCCGGCCAUCCCCUUCUCCACCAGUUCGCCGUACAAUGCUGCCAAGGCCCCGGCUAAGGGUGGAAACAUUUCACGAGUCCAGGCUGGCCCGCCGAGAAGAGGCCAGAAAUCGCUCAGGAUCAAAAAGAAGUCCCCAGUAAAAGCCACAACACGACCACCGGCCCCCGGUGAGAGAAAAGCAGCCCGCAAGCGAAUUGUGUUGAGCAAUACCAAUGCGGUCGAGGUGCAAGGUCUGAAAGAACUCAGCCCCGAAACAAUGGUUGAUGCACAAAACCAUGGACAAGUUCUGGGUAUACCCGGACCGGUCGUGGAUCAAUUGAGAGCCGUAGAGGCGUUCAAGACGACUCAGGCUUGGAAACUCUUCCGCCAACCAAGCACACUGCAGACGAAACAAUCGCUGGAUCUCGCUCAGCAAGUGGCCAAGGUUACAGAUGGCGAGAACGGAAAGAGAACAUUUCUGCGAAAGAUCUUGACUGGCGACAAGGCCAGUGGAAAGAGCGUUCUUCUUCUACAAGCUAUGGCCAUGGCUUUCCUGAAGGGCUGGGUUGUCAUCAGCAUUCCCGAUGCCCAAGAACUCACCAUCGCACACACGGCAUACAGCCCUCUCCGCAACACCGAGCCCAAACAAUACGUGCAAAAAGCAUACAUGUCCGAGCUGCUCUCGCGGACUCUGCGCGCCAACCAGCCCGUGCUCAACGGCCUGCAAUUGUCGCAAGAACACCCUGGCAUGCCCGUCCCCUUGCAGUCCAACAUGACACUUGCCCGUCUGGCCGAGCUCGGCGCCAAAGACGCUGACCUGGCCUGGCCCGCGUUCCAGGCCUUGUGGACCGAACUCUCCGCUGCGCCUGCCAACGCCCCUGCCCGCCCUCCCGUCAUGCUCGCCAUUGACAACCUCGCCCACGUCAUGCGCAACUCCGCCUACCGCGACGCAGACUUCAACCUCAUCCACGCCCACGACCUCGCCAUUGUCAACCAUUUCGUCAAGCACCUGUCUGGCGAAAAGACCCUGCCCCAGGGCGGUGCCAUCGUCGCCGCCACCUCCGCAUCCAAUACCCCCUUGACCCCAACCAUGACUCUUGCCCUUCGCCAAAUCGAGGCCCGCGCCGCAGGUACUCCCGAGAAGGACCUCCCUCAGCCUUCAGCCUGGGAGCCCGUCGACGAGCGCGUCAAGCAGGUCUUUGCUGCCCGUGGCGGCAUUGACGUGCACACACUGAGCAAAGUCUCUCGUGAAGAAGCCCGUGGCUUGCUCGAGUACUAUGCUGCCAGCGGACUCCUGAGAGCUGCUGUCAAUGAUAGCCUCGUAGCAGAGAAGUGGAUCCUUGCUGGCGGUGGCAUUGUUGGAGAAUUGGAGAGAGGCGCCGUCACUAUGCGCGUUUAGAUUAGUCAGAGUGCCCUUCCUCUUUUCUUUCCAUUUCUUCCCAUUUUUUUUUUAUCUUCAUUUCAUUUUGCGUCAAAAACAUGAAUCCUUUUUUCUAUACGUACCAUUUGUACCAUUUCUUUUUUUUUUUUUUCCGGAAAGGGGU